AUGGCUAGAAGACCAGCUAGAUGUUACAGAUACUGUAAAAACAAGCCAUACCCAAAAUCUAGGUACAACAGAGCUGUUCCAGAUGCUAAAAUCAGAAUCUAUGAUUUAGGUAGAAAGAAGGCACCAGUUGACGAAUUUCCAUUAUGUAUUCACUUGGUUUCUAACGAGUUGGAACAAUUAUCAUCUGAAGCUUUGGAAGCUGCUCGUAUCUGUGCCAACAAAUAUAUCACCAAGAUGUCUGGUAGAGAUUCAUUCCACUUGAGAGUUAGAGUACACCCAUUCCACGUCUUACGUAUAAACAAGAUGUUGUCAUGUGCCGGUGCUGAUAGAUUGCAGCAAGGUAUGAGAGGUGCAUGGGGUAAACCACACGGUUUAGCUGCCAGAGUUUCAAUUGGUCAAAUCAUCAUGUCUGCUAGAACCAAGGAUUCCAAUAAAGAAGUUGUUAUUGAAGGUUUGAGAAGAGCUAGAUACAAGUUCCCUGGUCAACAAAAGAUCAUCAUUUCAAAGAAAUGGGGAUUUACACCAUUGAACAGAGAAGAGUACGUUGCUAAAAAGAAUAACGGUGAAGUUUUGGAUGACGGUGCUUAUGUUAAGUUCUUGUCAAGAAAAGGUAAUUUGGAACAAAACUUGAAACAGUUUCCUGAUUUCCACUACAACGCUUAA